AAAAAAAGAUCCCGUCCUCAUGAUAUCGAUUGAAGACAGAAAGUCAGUAAAGAUAAAGUUGUACAAUGUGUUGAGUCGGUCGCCGUGCUUCAGCGAGCAUGAAAAGAGUGAAAUGCUGAGAUUAUGUGGUGCGGUAGAGGAGGAGUGUUUUAGUACCAGCGAUAGCGUGGAAGGAUAUUUAAAGUGCAUAAACGAAAGAAUAAGCAUGUAUGCCAGGUCUGGUGGGCGCAUGGCAGGAAUGAACGAGAGCAACGGCAUGCACGCCAAUGAGCGCAGGGCAGGAAUGAACGAGAGCAACGGCAUGCACGCCAAUGAGCGCAGGGCAGGAAUGAACGAGAGCAAUGGCAUGCACGCCAAUGAGCGCAGGGCAGGAAUGAACGAGAGCAACGGCAUGCACACGAAAGGCACUCAUCUUUCUCCAUCAACAUAUCAAUCAAAAACAGCCCAGUUCAGCAGUCGAUACCACGACGCAUUCAACACUGUUAAUGCGAACAGCAAUCAAAAGGUAACUGGACGCAUAAACGGGCAUUAUCCUAGCACUGCCAUUAACGGCGCUCUUUACGGUACGAAUACUCAUCGUUCCCUUAAUGUCCCCUACAACUACGCGCACCCUUCCUUCGACCAUGCUGCUCCUAAUCAAAUAGCACCUAACACAGAUACUGGCAAACGGGCUGAGGUUAAUACAAAUUAUACGCACAAAUUGAACGGAAUGGAUUUUGGGCCAAGAAGCCAGGGAGAGGAUAAAUACGCUGAGAAACAUCGGUACGAAGGGGGAAUUGCCGUUGGCGGAGCAUCUGGUCUCUACAAUGCCAGCUCGCGUAUAAAUUAUCAUUCUUACGGGCAUGCAAAGCAAGAGAGAAGCUCAAGUGUGCAUGGCACUAAUAAUGGGUCUGAAAAGUACGGGAACCGGAAUAACGGCCCAGACUCACAGAGCGGUGACAACAGGGAUGUAGAGCAAUACAGUGUGUAUAGUGAUCGUAUCAGGAGCGGAGCAGAAAUUCACUCGUACGGCACAUCGUCGAGGAGCAAUGACAAGAACGGUUUUGCAGAAAAGAUGCUCGGCACCAAAAGCAAAGGCUACCAAAAUCACAGCAAGGAGCACAAAAACACGGAAAGUCUCAAAAAUAAUGCAUUGUUUGGGCCGAAUGGACUUGGCGGUACACGAGGGCAGUGUGCCACUGUUUCAAGUUAUGAUAGUACAUCACGAGGUUCUGGUCCAAAGGGUUUUAGUGGAUCAAUAGGACGUAACUCCUUCGUUUCAAAGCCUUACGCCGUACAUACGGAUAGUUUUGCCGCGAAUAGUCAUUACAACCGGACUAUGUCCUCUGAUGGUGCCAUGCAAGGUCACUCUAAUCAGAUCGUGCAGCCUAGGGGAGACACAAUAAACGAUCAGCCCAAUCAAGCUGUGCAACUCGAUGAUAUUGCGGCAAAACAUCGUGUCAAUCAAACCGCAUGCUUCAACAAUCCGUUCCCGUUUUUCGUGGAGAACGCUUCGCUCUCCAACAAAGGCAAGGCAAAAAGCCAGUUCUCACCUCCUCAGGAUGUGCCUACGGAACAGCACCAAUUCUCUGAUGGUGCCGUUUUGUUUCAAAAGCAAUCACCGAACAAUUUAAAAACGGGUAAAGCGAAAAACAAACAAACAGAAAAAAUGAGCACUGAGAAAAAAAUGACAACAAGCACAGCGCUGAGCAACGAUGUUGAGAGACAAGAUGAAACACACCAGGAUGCAGCGGGUAAUGCAUACUCUGGUCGGCAUCCUAGCACGUACGAUCCUUUGCAUUUUUCUUCUAUGCAUGCUGAUGUCUUCGGAAGUGACAGCGUGAUUAAACAAAAAAAGGAAAAUGAAAAAAAUUGUGUGACCCCAGGAACGAUGCAAGACGAUGCACACCGUCAAAUGAACGAUUCCAACUAUCACCACAACAGACAGCCAGCCGAUGGCAUGUAUCUUGCUGGUGCGCAGGGCACUUACAAUCCUGUUCAAAUCAAGAAUAUCAAUGCGUUGAAGCGGAAUGAUAAAAUUGCAGGCGAUAUGCAGAGUUUGAACUACAACAGUGCAUACGCGAGCAUGGACUACCAGAAAUAUGCGUACACCAACAUAAGAAAUGCUUAUUUGGAUGUGAAUCAUGCAACAUAUGAAAAUAAAAAUUAUAAAGGCAGAACAGGAUGCAUGAACAGCAAAACGGACAGAACAAUGCCCGUGACUUACAGCAAGAAUAACGGUCAUUCCGGUGCUGUGCACGAAGAGCUGGGCAGACCCGUUGUCAGCACGAAUUAUGAUGCUGUAAGUAGGAUGAGCGUGAAUAGUGAGAUAGCAGCCCCGUAUGGUACGGGUGCUAACGUGCAGGGAACACUGGGGAUGACGGCCUACCCAAACAACAGUGCUCAACAACCACGCAGAAUACAGCAAAACGAAAAUGUUGAGCCGAUGGGCAACAUGGCAUACAUCCAUGAUGGCUUGAACAAUCAAAGUUUUGGUACUGGUUUUAAGAAUGCAACAGGUGGUGGUACAACGUACCAGGACAACCGCACAAAUAAUGGUUAUGCGGGCAGUUCUGUCUACUUCGGUUCCUCAACCGGUGCCGCUCAGCAGUACGUGCGCAAAAAUGCAGACAUCUCACAGAAGAGCAGCGCUGCAGCUCAAACGAUGAGCAGGAACCAAGUGAUGUUCCAUCAGAACGUGUCCUAUCAACGCCAGGGUGUUUAUCCACAGACACUGCAUCACAACAAUUAUACUGUGAGCAACUCCUAUCAGAACCAGAACAGAGACGUAUAUCCUAAUGGUGGGGGUCUCCCAUCACGUACUGCAGGUCUAGCGGAACGGAUGUUUCAUAUGCAUGGUACGUACCAGAACGGCCAAAAGAUGGGAGUUCAACACAGCGAAAAUAUGCCACGAGGAACGAACACAACAUCUCCUUGGAACGGUUACAACGGCAAUAGGCAAGUAAAUAGGAUGAGUGCAGCUGCUACACCGAGUGUGUACAACACGGCUGGCCAACAGGCAAAUAGGACGAGCACCGUUGUUGCACCAGAUGUGUACAACACGGCUGGCCAACAGGCAAAUAGGACGAGCACCGUUGUUGCACCAGAUGUGUAUGAUAUGAUCAAUAAACAGGCGCUGGGCACGUCCCUGCAUCAAAGCAGCAGAAACAAGGAAGCGGUCAGAGACCCACCGUUUAAGAACUACCCGAGCACCGAUGUCUUUCAUAACAACACGCAUUUGAACGUUACGAGUGGUAGCACGCCACGCAUGUCUGGUAAUGCAGGUGGUAUGAGUAUGAAGCAGAGGGACUAUUUGGAUAGGAGUACAUGCAACUCUGUGCUGCAGAGCACCUACUACGAUGCACAAUUAAAUAACAGUCGAGGUACGAAUGGCAUGAACCAGUACAUGAACAGCGUGCAGGCAUUUGGUUCGGAGCACUUUACGAGCAAUGCGGACCACAUGAGCGGUGUACGUACGGACAAUGCGGAGAGUGGCAAAAAUGCUGACCGUUUCGUCUCACCAGGCGGUCCCGAGCGCAUGGCCAACGGCAUGAACAGUGCAGGCCGUUUCGUCUCACCGGGUAGUUUUAAACGUGCAGCAAACAGCACCGGUCAGUACACCUUCGUGAAUAAAACGUAUGCUGCUGUUAACGAGCGUGAUGUCAACCAAGCAGCAAAUCAGUGCACAUCCAUUGAUGGUACGAAGAGCGGUCCACCCGCUGCUCAACAAUUUAUUGAUAACACGGGUGUGCUCAGAAUCAGGAACACUAACGAACAACCACCUAGGAACAGCCUCAAGACCAUUACUGAUAGCAUUUUGAACGGUGCUUUUGUCAAUACCAGGAUGAGAACCAACAACACAUCUACAGACCUUAAUACAUUGAAUGGCAGUGUAUCGGGCACGAAUGAGCGAAAGGGGUUAGCUGCUACAAAGCACAUGGGCAAUGGUAGUGUAGAACGCACAGGUGCUAACCAUGUGUCUCCAACCAUUGAACGUACCCAGGAAGAAAUGAUAAAGAGGAUCAGAAUGGAACGUACGAUUGGUGAGGGGAGUGUCCUUGGCAACGUGGAAAUGAUGGGAUACCCUAAAUCGCAGCGAGUGAUAAGCGGCAAGGAGAGUAGCAGUGUCGAGUACAUCAAGAGAAUGAGUGGCAACCCUUUCUAUCCUGCAGGUGUAAACGUUUCUUCCCGUGCAGGACCGUAUGAUAGACCGAUCAACAGGUACGAUAAUUCGUUCAAUCCGAGAGUCACGGAAUGGCCUGGUAAUAGGAACGUUAAUAUGAACUUAUGUUCAUUGAAGGAGUUGGAAAGUGGAAAGAUACUGCGCAAUAGCAGCAUAAAUCAGGGUAGAAAGAACAGGUUAGACGAGGAGGAUGGUGAUCGUGUCAAUGGUGCUGCGAACAGUGCCGAACAUGGUAGUAAUGCUGAUAAAAGUGCGUGUAGCGAUGCGGAUACAAAUCAGCGGAGUGAUAUAGACAGGAGUGGUAAGGGUGAACCAGAUCGUGUAGAAGUGGAUACCAUGGUUAGUAACACGAGAAGAGAUACGAACAGGAAUGGUGCGGUCUGUAGUACAGGAAGGGAUGCUACCAAGAAUAGUUCGGUUAAUGAUACAAGGGGUGCUGCAGGCAGGAAUAGCACGGGCAAUGGCGUAUCACUCAGCAACGUACCGAUUAGGAAUGCUUUACGAUGCGGUACACAGAAUAACAGCGUAUCGAUAGGUAACGUGCCAAUUAGCAGUGUACCAAGUGCUGGUAAUUACUAUAACGGCCAUAACACGUACAGCGGUACAGGUGGCCACAAUGGCAUUAAUGCUAAUUUUUAUGGUAACUAUCAGCACAAUGCAGCGGAAAAGAGGAGCAGACCGGCCGGUGACAGUGUUUCUAAUGAUGAGAGUGUUCUUGAUAGGUACAGGCAGCUAGGCAUUGCUGUUGAACAGCCCAAGGAAUGUAAUGUACCAUCGUAUGAUGCAACAGAGGAAAUGGCUAGCAAACGUGUUAGAGUAGAAGUUAAGGAGCUGAGCACGGAUGAUAUGAUUAAGAAAUUGAUUAUGGAUAUAAAGGGCGUGAAGGGCAGGUCAGAACUAACGGAUAUAGUAGAAAAAUUGAAAGUGUAUUUUGACGAUAGAAAAGCGGAGAAAGAGGGUAUUCGGCUGAUUAGGGAAACAGGCACUGAUAGGGAUGGCGGUGGGGUACUGAGUAAGCUUGGCGAUGAAAAUGUGUGUAAAGACAGCAAUGGGGGUGUGAAUAGCACUGGUGCGAAGAACGGCACUAGCACUGGUGCAAAGAGUAUCAAUCAUGAGGAUAAUGGUGGUAAAGACGCUUUGUCUGGGAAACAUAGCGGACAAACUGGGAAUGAUCUGCGCGGUGGUAAAAUAAGUGACGGGGAGGUGAGCAGCAACGAGCAAGGCUUACAUAACUCAACGGAAGAGGAUGAUGCAUCACACGGUACCGGCCAUAUCAAUUUUUGUACCUUGAACAGAGGAGAGGAUAAAAACAAGUUUGAAGAAUUUAUGUAUUUCCUAAAGGAAGCACAGUCUGUAUUUAUAGCAUACGAUGAGAAGAUCAAGCAGGACCUGACAUAUAGAAAGUACAAGGAGAUAAGCAAGUUGGUGACAGAAAGCAACUCAGAGCAGGAGAUAGAAUAUUUUCGAGAGGUAAUAGAUCAUUUAAAGCAGAGUGUAGAGAAGACCCUAGAGGAGCACGGACAGACCACCGACUUUAGCUAUGCCUGUUGGAUCAAUAACUCGAUUGCCAAGUUCAACAAGAGAUUGAAGAAGGAUCACUCGUUCUGUAUUGAAUUGGGGAAGAGUUUUAGUAAGGUGUUAAAUUUGUAG